AUGUCCUCCGUGAACGCGUUACCAAAACACGAAAUUAAUUGUAACGGAAGGCAAUUCACUUUCGUCCAAACUGCCAAGAGAUUGCUACCAUCAGUAACAGUAGGAUCAGUACUAGGUUCUAUUAAACACCAUGCCGAAAACAAAAACCAUACAAAAUACUACACCAAACCUUUAGCGCCCAUGAACUACGACUUCUCAUCCUCAAACCCAGCCAGCCGACUAAUUUACAAAGUCUUAUCCUACGUCUGGGGUUCCCCAAUAGCAAAACCCGCCAUCGUCGUACACGUCGUUGACGUCGCCGCAACCACGAACCUCUUCUCCGCGCUAGGACUUCUUCGGAAGAAUGGACUUGCGCAAGCGUUCAGUGUGGGAGAAGUUAUUGCGCAGCUUGGGAAAAUCGGAGAUGCGAGCGACUAUGGCACGGCCUUAUUCUUUCUGUGGGGAAAAGCGCUCGUUGAACAGGGGCUGGAAUGGUUUCGAAAUCAGCACGAUGCCUCCGGUUUCCUGUCGAGUAUUCAAGACCCUUCUGAACCAAAAAUAGCUAUGGGGUUUUCAGGAAUUUUUGUCAUGAAGAAAGUAGUAGGUAUCAUGUGUGGGCUUAGGAAUUUACCGGGAUCCAACCUUAUCGCCAACACAUUCUUUUUCUACAUUGGGGACAUCUUCGAGGAUGCAAAACUUGAAGAUAGCUAUGAUGUUUCCAAGAAGAUCUCCCUCGUUGACGCCACAUCGUCAAGAAGUUUCAUCUUCAUUCCUAACGACCCGAGGAACCAUGUUCUUGCACUCUUAGGGUUUUCAAGACUAAGCGCCCGGUUAUCGAUUGUUGUGGACUAUUCGGUUCUUACCUUCGUCAGAGUUGGAUAUAGUGACAGGCUAGAGUCUUCCAUUAGCACCGUUUCGGAGAAGGUCGCUGGUCGACUCCACAGUAGUAGUGCCAACGACCAGCCAGAAAUCAAACUUCGUGGAAUCACAGUUAGUAUCAUCAGCCAAGCUCUCGACGGCAGCACAGAUUGGGACACACCACUCGAUCCGCGGUGGAAAAUCCUCCUCCUCACUUCCAACUCCAUCCUCGGCUUCCAAUACCAAUAUUUCAACAACACAUAUCUCAGUCUCCAGGCCUACUUCCGCACGCCUCUAGCGACGCAAACAGCCGCCGCCGAAGCAUCAGCAGACUCGACAACACCACUCUAUAUACUCUAUCUCUCCGACACAGAUAAAGAAACACUCAUGGCCGAGCUCUAA